UUAGAUGAUGGGCCUGGAUCACUUCGAGAUGGUUGUCGUAGAAAAGAACCACUUUGGAUCGUUUUUGAAGUUUCAGGGACCAUUCAUCUCUCAUCUUACUUGAGCGUGUCAUCAUAUAAGACCAUUGAUGGUCGUGGCCAAAGAAUAAAAUUCACUGGUAAAGGUUUAAGACUGAAGGAAUGUGAACAUGUCAUCGUAUGUAAUCUUGAGUUUGAAAGUGGUAGAGGACCUGAUGUUGAUGGCAUUCAAAUAAAACCCAACGCAAAGCAUAUAUGGAUAGAUCGAUGCAGCUUACGUGAUUACGAUGAUGGUCUGAUAGAUAUCACUAGAGAAAGCACAGACAUCACUAUUUCGAGGUGUCAUUUCUCACAACAUGACAAGAUCAUGCUUGUUGGAGCAGAUCCUUCUCAUGUUGGUGAUAGAUGCAUACGUUUGACAAUUCACCAUUGUUUUUUCGAUGGAACUCGACAGCGGCAUCCUCGUGUUAGAUUUGCUAAAGUACAUCUGUAUAAUAAUUACACCAGAAACUGGGGAAUAUAUGCUGUUUGUGCCAGUGUUGAAGCACAGGUAAUAAUUCUUACUAAUUAGAUUCUUUUUCCGCCAAAGCCAGCUUGGCUCAGUGGCACAAGAUUGUCCUAUAUGCGGUUAGAUGUGGGUUGGAUACUGAUGUAGGACAAAUAUGGUUAAUUUAUCUAUCAGGAAUUUGGGGAAAAACCUACAUGUCACACCUAAAACUUGAUUGAGUCACACAAUCAAUUAUAAGAAAUUCUCA